AUGCUCGACAUCAACGUUUUAGCUGACAAGAUUCUGGAUUUUCUGGCGGAGAAAAUAGAAACGAACUAUUGCGUGGCGGUAAUCAUUGUUGGACCCCCGGGUUCUGGGAAAACAACCAUAAGCGAAUGCGUCUGUGAAGAGAUCAAUAAGAGAUACCAGCAACACCUAAGAAAUCAGCAGUCGUACCGACCCCAUCCACAAGGUUCUUCAAGAGAUUCUUUAGAAAUCGAGCGGCUUUGUCAAGACAUACCAAUACUCGAUUCAGUAGAGCGCAGGAAGCUCGAAAGCGGAUGUUUUGAAAAUGUUGAAAACUCGCAUUAUACCCCACACCAAUUCAAAGACGACGAUGAAGAUCAUUCCACUGUGGUGGUUGGACGAGGUGGUCUUCCAAACAGUAUAAGAAUCUCUUCCAAAAAAGCAUCAUGCAACCCAAGAGAAGAAGAAAUCAAAAUUGCGCAAAUUGUGCCCAUGGAUGGUUUCCAUCUGUCAAGAGCUCACCUUGAUCAUUUCCAAGACUCAAUCGAGGCACAUGUGCGUAGAGGCUCACCGCCAACUUUCGACAGCAACAAUUACCUCCAGCUGAGCAAGAUUUUAGCCAAAAGCUGUAGUGUCAAACCCCAUUUUUCGAAGAAUCUAAAAGCUGGCAGUGGGCUCUUUGACAAAAUAUCAGCCUCCUUUAGCAAUGAAAAUCCUUCAAUUUCUGUUCCCGGGUUCGAUCACGCUUUAAAAGAUCCUUCUACAGACCAGCAUUGUAUCACUGCAUUCACACGGAUAAUAGUAUUGGAGGGCCUGUAUUUACUUUUGAAUGAAGAGAACUGGAGAAAUGUAUACCCAGUUUUCAAAAAGACAGAUGCCGUUUUGGUGUGGAGACUUGACCUAGACAUUGAACAAUUAGAGGACAGGGUAGCAAAGAGACAUGUUGCCAGCGGGCUCGCUCCAAAUCUCGCCGCAGGUGUUGAUAGGUUCAGAGUGAAUGAUCUCAUUAACGCGGUAAAAAUUAGGGAGCAAAGCUUGGAUGCUGAGGACAUCGAAGUUCUGUCCACCGCUUAA